AUGAUACAAAUACGGCUUGCUGUCAAGUCUCGCGGUAUCUACUUGGAAUACGUUGUCUUCGCCUACACAAGGCCAUUCCUGCGUGCCAUCGGGCACCUCGUCGGGGACCGGACUGACCGUGUGAAGAUGCCAAUUCCUUGGGAGAUGUGGGGUCCAAAGUCGACCUUCUGGUUCAGUAAGGACAGGGGCCCCGCAGACCUGUUCAGCGAUCAGGCAGAACACAGAUGGAAGUAUGCACACUACGGAUAUGGAAUUCUCUUGCCUUCAGUGCUGCUGGAUUUUACUCCUCCGGACGACUACGAAUAUCAAGAACAAUCCGGAUCCGGAAAACAGCCGAAGAGCGCCAUAUAUCAUAGUACAAUCGUCGACGAGCUCCAAUGCUUUCGACGAACAGUACACACGACGGCCGCCUACCGCCAGACCAUGAAUUUCAAAGGCACAUCGCUUGAUCGGUAUGACUGGUACAUGGUUGACGAGGAUGUGCUUGCUAUUCGUACGGAUUCUCCGCUGAAGGCUGAUGAGAUGCCAAAGACUUUGCAGGAUCGCGCAUGCAGGAUCGCGCGCUAUCAUGACGCCGGAACAAGUCUCGACGCGAACUAUGGUGCGGAGGCGCGCGUCAAGGCGCUGUACGUCCGGAAGAUGUACGAGGAGUACGAGGAAGCUGCGCACAAAUAA